UUGUACUCUCCUCUUUUGUUGGUUGACAGUGUGGCAUUGCGUGCUCGAGUACCCUGCUAUCGUUUAGUGCGGUCUAGCGCGCUCCUCGUCUGAGCUCUGCUAGUGGAGUCUGGUCAAAGAUGUCUGCUUCGUGAAACACACAGCGGGUCUCAUGUCAACAUGUCCCUGCUCCGGCUCUGCUCGCUUUCCAAGGGGCUCCCCGGUCGCUUACUGCAGGAACAACACAGGCUCACUCUGCUGUUCAAUGCGGACCCGUGUCACGGUUGCUUAAAACUCAGGAGACACGUCCACGACAAAAGUCCAGCAGAGAGACCCUGGGUUUUGUUUCGGAGGAGUUAUUCAGCGGGGAUCCCGAAAAAGGAGGAUGGGAAAAAGAGGACGUGGGAGCAAACCCAGCUGUUGGAUGUUCUGGAUGCCAGGAUCCAGCAGCUGCAGAUGGACGGGGUGCUGGAUGUGAAGCGCUCGGAGGUGCAGUUUGUGAGGGCGUCCCAGAUGGAGGCCACCCCGGUCAAGGUGGUGAAGACGCUGGCCAAGGAUAGGGAACCCCUGGGGGCCAGGAAGGGGGGGGACCAGGACCGGCUGGUUUCUAAGACACAGCCUAGCCGCUGGAUGGAGAAACUCAAGCAGGAGAAGUGGAACAAGAGCAAAAGGCACCUGAAACUCGACCAGAAUGCCAAACACAAGUCUCUGCAGGGCAGCCAUGUGGCAGAUUCUAAAGGAAAGGCAUCUGGAGCCAAGAGUGACAAUCCCAAUCCGAAGACAGACUCCAAGAAGGCAGCGGCUGGAUCCCGUUUAGACAGCGCUAGUUCCAAGGAGGAGUCCCUGCUGGCCGAAGUGGAAGAUCUGGACCACCGCUUGAACCAGUGGGAGCAGCCAGAGGGAACGCAAAGGCUGCUGGAGGACCGGGAGGGGAAUAAGUACGGGGACGCCCAGCUGAGCAUCCACUCCUUCCUGGAGGCCUGCAUCUUCAACGAGGACGUGGAGAGAGCCCAGCGCUGCCUCAUGGACUACCACCGUAACCUGAGCCGUCGCAAGCAGCUCAGCAUCAACACCUACAACAUCAUGAUGCACGUCUGGGCCAAGAAGGGCUCUCUGGGGCACAUCGGCCGGCUCUUCGUUCUCGUGGAGGAGGCUGGCUUGAAGCCGAACCUGGAUUCCUACACCGCGGCUCUGGAAUGCAUGGGCCGCAGCCCCCACUGCUCCAAUCGGGUCAUCAGCAGGUGUUUGCAGCAGCUGGAAGAGGACGGCUUCUCCAUCGAGGAUCUGUUUAAGCAGUGCGUCUUCCGGGAGGACGAGCGGGAGAUGGUCCUGAAGGCAGUGCAGACCGUUCAUCCAGACUUCCUGCCACACGUGGACGCAGAGAUGAAGAUCUGCUCUUCCCCCUUAGUCCAUGACUUCUAUACAGAGAGGGAGUCGGCAGUGUACCCUAAGCUGGAUUUCCCCCUGGCAGAGCUGGGUGAGCGCUUCAGCAGGCAGCUGGCGAUGGAGCAGGCGGGCAGCGUCACCAUCGAGUCUGUGGAAGCCUCCAAACCCCUGACCGAGCACAUGAUCCAAAUGAGGGAGCUGCUGGCUCAGUUGCGCUCACACUGGCACCAGUCUCUCCUGCAAGCCUUCCGCGAGAGCAAGAUGCACCUGGGGAGCAGCGGACAGAAGAGCUGGAGGAUGAACCUCUACCCCUACCUCUGCCUGCUGGAGGACAAGGAGUACGUGGACAUCAUGCUGCAGGCUGUUACCAGCCUGCCCCCCACUGGGGAGUCACUGCUGACCAUGGCCAAGGAACUGGGGAACAAAAUCUACAACAAAUACUCCAUCCGUAAGAAGACCAAGAGCAGCAUGGUGGACAAGAUCAGCACCAUAUACCAGAGAUACGCUGAGCUGCUGGCCAGAGACACACAGUUGAAUGAGUUCCUGCCGCGGGAGCACUGGGUGCGCCUGGAGGCGGAGCUGAACUCUGGCCCCUCCCUCCUGAGUGAUGACACGCACUGGCCCCACAUCCUGGUGGUGCAGCUGGGGACUCACCUGGUGGAGCUGCUGGUGCGGGAGGUGAAGGUGAACAGCAACGUGCUGAGCCCCGCCCAGGAGACCAAGCUCAUCCCAGUGCUGUACCACAUGUACACCUUCCGCAGCAACCACCAGGUGGGUUUCAUCAAGCCUCACCCCAUCCUCACCCAAAUCCUCUCAGAGGCCGUGGAGACCACGCUGACCUUCGACUCUUACGUGAUGCCCAUGCUGUGCCCUCCCGUGCCCUGGACCUCCCCCAAAUUCGGCGCCUACAUCCUGACCCCCACCAAGCUGAUGCGCUGCGUGGAGGGAGCCAUCCAGCACCAGCUGCUGCUGGAGAAAUGCCAGGACCAGGACCUCCACGCGGUGCUGGACUCCCUCAACCAGCUGGGCAACUGCGCCUGGAGGAUCAACCAGCCCAUCCUGGACAUCAUCAUAUCCAUCUUCAACGACAAGGGCAGCGACAAGCUGGACAUCCCCCCCCCGGUCUCCGAGGCCCCCCGGAUGCCCAGCAUGGCUCCGCACGGGGGGGGACAGGGCUCGCAAGCAGACAAGGCCUCCUUCAAGCGCGAGCUGGCCAAGUGCAAGAAGAAGGGGGCGGAGAUGCACAGCCUGCGGAUGGACGCACUCUAUAAGCUGUCCAUCGCCAACCACAUGCGCGACCAGCUCUUCUGGUUCCCCCACAACAUGGACUUCCGCGGCCGCACCUACCCCUGCCCGCCCUACUUCAACCACCUGGGAAGCGACGUCACGCGGGCCGUGCUCCUGUUCGCGGAGGGGAAGCCUCUGGGACCCCACGGCCUGGACUGGAUCAAGAUCCACCUGGUUAACCUGACCGGGCUGAAGAAGAGGGACUCUCUGCGGGAGAGGCUGCAGUACGCCAACCGCAUCAUGGAUGAUAUUCUGGAUUCGGCGGACAAGCCCCUCACUGGCAGGAAGUGGUGGAUGAAUGCAGAUGAGCCUUGGCAGGCCCUGGCAUGCUGCAUUGAGAUAGCGAACGCUUCCCGAUCCCCAGACCAUACUGAAUACAUCUCCUAUUUCCCAGUGCACCAGGAUGGCUCAUGUAACGGGCUUCAGCAUUACGCAGCUCUGGGUCGUGAUGUCAUCGGCGCCACCUCGGUCAACCUGAUGCCCUGCGAGGUGCCCCAGGACGUGUACAGUGGAGUGGCGCAGCAGGUGGAGGAGUUCCGUGCGCGCGAUGCAGAGAAAGGCCUGAAGGUGGCGCAGGUGCUGGAGGGUUUCAUCAACAGGAAGGUGGUGAAGCAGACCGUGAUGACGGUGGUGUACGGGGUGACGCGGUACGGAGGCCGGCUGCAGAUCGAGAAGAGACUGAAGGAGAUAGAAGAGUUCCCCAAGGAGCACGUCUGGGACGCCUCCCAUUACCUGGUGCAGCAGGUCUUUACCAGCCUGAAGGAGAUGUUCACAGGAACCAGAGAAAUCCAGGACUGGCUCACAGAGAGCGCCAGACUCAUUGCCAAAUCUGGCAGUUCUGUGGAGUGGGUGACCCCUCUUGGCCUGCCUAUUGUACAGCCUUAUCACCGCACCAAGAACACUAUUCUGAAGAGCAACAUCCAGUUUCUGAGUUUGCAGAUCAGCCACGAUGCCAGCGAGCGUCCUGACACGGUGAAGCAGAAGAACGCCUUUCCUCCGAAUUUCAUCCACUCCCUUGACUCCACACACAUGAUGCUGACAGCAUUGUACUGCUACAGCGCUGGAUUAACAUUUGUCUCUGUUCACGACUGCUUUUGGACCCACGCUGUCACGGUGGAUGUGAUGAAUAAGGUCUGCAGAGAGCAGUUUGUGGCCCUGCACAGCCAGCCCAUCCUUCAGGACCUCUCCAACUUCCUGCUGGAUAAAUACGGCGCCUGCCUACCGGGAGAUCGUAGGAACAAGAAGUUUUUGGAGUACAGGAGGAUGUUGGAACUGCUGUCCAAAGUUCCCCAGACAGGUGAUUUUGAUCUGCAGAGGGUGAAAGAAUCUACAUAUUUCUUCAGCUGAGCCCACGCAGGCGUCGAGAAUCGCUAACCAAGGACGCAGACUGAGCCAGCCUACAGCUGCCCUGCCUUGACACCCGCCACCCCCACCCCCAAGAAAAGAAAGAGCCCAGUUAUUUAAUUUUGUUUCCACGGAGACUCGCUUUGCAAUGAGAAGAGAACAUAAACCAUUCAUUGCACCUGGACUAACCGGGGAGAGGGGGAAACUGGUCUUUUAAACCAGAAAGCACCGCUGGUCCAGUGAAGGGUGUGGGCUGGGCGCCUGAGGUUGCAGCUUCUGACUGUGCAACCAGCCUUGAGAUGGAAUCUCAAACCUUCGAUUCUGUCGAAAAAGACUUACCGCCUGCAGUGUGCAAGUUUACUGGAUAAAGAACUGACACCAGCGUGUUUUCUGUGAUGCCUAAAAAAAUAAAGCAAAUAAAUACUGGUACUUCUGUAUUGGGCGGAGAAAACACACACCCAUACAGCUUUAUAUUAAAAUGAACUGGGAAUACUUCUGA